AGUAGUUGGGCGGCUUCCGUGAUUUCUCAUUGCUUUUCGGCCGAGUGUGCCCUUGACUCGGGAUGCGCUUGUCAGUGAGAGUACACGAGGCCUGGUAGGCGGGUGGCAGAACAGCUAAAGUGCUGAAAUAGGCGACCCGACCAUUGGGAAUGACGAUUUAUCGCUCGAUUCCAACGAGUGGGCUAACCAAUCGUUGUGCCAAUGUGUGAGAUGGCCACCAAAGGUACAGGUCUUUCUAAACUCUACCUCUUCUGUUCGGACACCCAAAUGAUCAUGACGGCGGCCCUGCGCCCACACAGUCAAUUUGUGCCCUCGUAUCUGGGUCGAAGCUGUUAUACGGGUUCACGAUCUCAGACAAUUGCAAUGAGGGUUUGACCUACAACUCGUAUGCUCGUUCCUAUUCGUGUGAUAGUAGCACGCUCUCAGUGUCGGGCCUGCGAUCUUGCCUCCCGCUACUGGGCAAGCUUCCCCUCAACUCAGUUUCUACGCGCUGUCACUGCCACUCCUUUCCUUCAUUGGCCAAUUUGUACUGCACCCGCCUGAUUCUCAUUGUUCAUCCUUUUUGGCACUUGUAGACCAUUCUCACAAAGCCUGCCUCGAGGGCCUAUUAGCGAUGCAUUUGAUGUCGCCGAGCUUUACUUUCAGUCCUUCUCCGCUGGAGGAUUCUCUGCUCCUCUAUAACCGCAUCAUCAGGUCCGAUUUCCUGACUUUGGACUCCAAACUGCGGGACCCCAAAGUUGCCUGCGUUGCCGUCGAUCAAAAACCGUCCUACAUCGGUUUGACUAGUCGCAGUUUCCCGGUCUACGCACGCGCUGUUAUUGAUGCUAUUCUAAGGUCAGUCUUACCAGUAGCUUCGUUCUUAACGGCCAAAGUGAGGUAGAGACUUUCAGUAAAUGGCCUAAACCAAGCAGUAUUUAAGGUUACGAAGAUUUGAGGUCUACCGGGACUGUGUCUAACUAUGAUCGUAUAGUAUUUGUUGCUAAGAAAUUCAAAUGACAACUUCGCCUGCGGACUCGGCUACCUGGCUCAUCUUUGCAUUAUCUGAUUACUUAUCGAUUUUCAUAACUCGAAAUUUUUGGUUACCUCCACAAAUAGCCCCGUGCAUGUUGCUUUGACAUUUGAACGCCUUGUUCGUUUGGCUGCCUAAAUAUUGACACAAUAUUUAUGCCUGUAGGCUGCGGUAGGGCUUCUGCAUUAAUCUUGCCUGUCUAAAAAGUCUUUCUCUUGGAAGACAAAACAGUACUUUACCAGUUCAUUUAACCACACGACCCAUAAAACCAUGCAAUAACGGCGUUCAGGAUCUGUCCGAGCUGCAGAGCGGAACGUGGGCGUUCUCCCCUUUUUUAACCAGUGAAUAAAAGUGACAGGACGGGAGCCUGCGGUCCAACUGGUAAAGCAUCUGCAUCAAUGAUCAUUUGAACGUGCGUUCAAGCUUUAAGUCCUCCCCCUUAUGAUUUGGUGCAUUGGUGUCUGACAACAACAGACCGAGCAGACAUAUUUAUUUCGCUUUCUAAUAUCCUUGCCAGUCAUACUGCUCAGCACAACUCAUCAUUAUCACUCAUCCAUAACGAUUAUCUGGGGACUCUCAACCCUGUUAAUCUGCUUCCAAAUCCUGGAAUAGCCACGCGUGUCUUACAUAGUCGAACUUGCGUCGAUUGAUAGUCUGCUUUUUUCUGAUAUCAUUUGCCCGUUUGACUCUUCAGGAGUUUGCUUUGUUCAAUUUUCCUUUGAGGUCCGUAAAAGAGCUCUCUAAGCGAAGCUCCUCUGCAUUGAAGCCCUGUGAUGUGUCCGUUGCUCAACUAACUCCUUGGAACACCUGCGUGGAUUGCAUCGUCUCCUUUUUCGACCUAGCCCGCAGUCCGCAAAAAUCUUCUGAUCCGCCGUCUAAACCAGACCGUCAUUUCGUUGCCCUUUUGCCACGUCUUAUGCGAGUCGGCCGGAUUCUUGUUGAGAGUGUGCUGCGUUGUGUGAUGUGUCUACUGGGCUCUAUUUUUCGGUAAGUUGUACAGCCAUACCAACAUCAUGGCUAUUUCCGCCUCCUCCGCCCUGCAGACCGUAGUCUUAGCCGCAUUCCACCACCACCACCACCACCACCACCACCACCACCACCACCACCACCACCACCACCACCAUCAUUGCGGUCAUCAUCAUCGUCAUCACUACCUAUGUUGGCAGAUCGAGCCCUGAUGCUGUCCCACCCUGAAUUGGUUGCUCCUUGAAGGUCGAACCAUGACCGGUCUCCCAAUGUCUGCUGCAAGUUGAAAGUGGGGGUCCGGCCUCCAUGUCGCGAAUUCGUGCUCGUUAGGGUUGGUCUGCGGGUUCCGUUCAUUUCCUCCAUGCAGUUGCAGUGCCCACCACUGCAGCAUUUUGCGGGCAACUGCCUAGGUCCCGGUCAACACCCACUGCCUGUUUGGGUAGGAUAACUGUACUCAUGUGUCUAUCUUGACUUGCAGUUAUUUCCCCCCGCUUUUUGUGUCUGGCAGGCAACAUACCACGGAAGUUUUGAAUUUCAUCCGCAACCUGCAACAGCUUACACGCCUACUUCAGCGUGCCUGUGUUCACGCCAAGAAGAAUCAGGACACGCGGCUCAUUCAGCAGAUUCCGGGUACCAGAAAAUGUUUGGAGUCUUUCGUGUGUGCUGUCAAGGUCAGUUUCUGA